UCAUCCAGCGGCGGACACCGCCCUCGAUGGACGCCCAUUGGUCGACGCACCGACUGGCGCCGCCCCAGAACUGCGUGCCGUCGGCGGCCUCCCGGGUCGACGCACACUCGCGCCGCAGCCACGUCCGCCGCGCUGCAGCCAUGGUGGAGAGCGGCGACGUUCCUCGCGGCGUGUCGCUGUCACCGCCGGCCGGCCUGACGGCCUACCGCGCCUCGCCGCCGAGCCUGCCGCCGCCGCCGCCGCCUCCUCCGCUGCUGUUUGCCCACCCGUGUCUGUACCCGGCCCUGCCGUACCUCGGCGGGCCGCUGUAUCCGCUCCCGGGCCUGCUGCGGGGCCGUUCGCUGCCACCGCCGGCCCCCUCCAGUCCGCCGCGCCGAGCCGACAACCCGUUCAGCAUGGACGUCAUUCUGGGCCGGCGGCCGGCGCCGGAGACGGCAGACGGCGCGGCGCCCCUGCACGGCCUCGGCCGGCUGCAGCUGCACGCCGAGCUGUUCGGCCUCCCGCGACCGAUGUGCUCGGGCUUCUCCUGCGUGCCCAUGACUUCACGCUCGAUGUCGUCGCCAACUAAGAGGAAGCGGCGUCACCGGACCAUCUUCACCGAGGAGCAGCUGGAGCGCCUGGAGGAGACGUUCGAGAAGACCCACUAUCCGGACGUACUGCUGCGCGAGCAGCUGGCGAUGAAGGUCGACCUCAAGGAAGAGCGCGUCGAGGUUUGGUUCAAAAAUCGGCGUGCCAAGUGGCGGAAACACCGCCGAGAGGAGCAGGAAUCGCGGCGGGACGCGCCGCCCCCUCCCGGAGGCUCCGAAGGCGACCCUGUCGGUGGUCCGCCGCUCGGAGGCUCGCAGGGCGCUGAGGACAUCCGCACGGACACCGACCACCAGCUGGAGGAGCCGCUGCAGGUGGACUGAGGAGCCGCUGCAGGUGGACUGAGUAGCCGCUGCAGGUGGACUGAGGAGCCGCUGCAGGUGGACUGAGGGCCGCUGCAGGUGGACUGAGGGCCGCUGCAGGUGGACCGAGGACUUCGAGUAUGGACUGAGGGACGCUGCAGGUGGACUGAGGAGCCGCUGCAGGUGGACUGAGGAGCCGCUGCAGGUGGACCGAGGACUUCGAGUAUGGACUGAGGACUAUGUGUAUGGACCUAUGGACUGGGAGAGUGGGUUUAGGACUCGAUGAGGGUGGACUGAAUUAUUGAGUGAACCGAAGAACGGCUUUCCAUCAUGCAUUGGCUAGACGAAUCUCUUGUGUGGCCAGCGGUUGCGUGAGAUCAACUCGCAGUAUUAGGUAGGUGCAGUGGUAUAAUAGUGACUCGGAACACGUGAGUAUAGUGCCGGGGAUAUCAUUUGUUACAUAGGCUGAUGGAAAGGAGUUGCGUUGGGAUGCGGAUUCCUUUGAGUACCUCUGUAUAGACAGUCACGCACUGUUCACUGAUAAUAGUGAGUAUUUGAGUAAUUACUUAUCAAUGUCAGCAGGACGCAGGUCAACUACCGAUGUCAGGCAACUGCUUGAAGCACACCUGCUGCGCGUGGCUAUGUAGGUUGAUAGAUUCCAUCUGUACCUGUUGAAAAGAAACGUUCCAUUUCAGGUGAACAAUGUAAUCGUGAGUAAUAGUGACGUCGAAUUCAGAAACGAGCAGUUGACC